AUGAACCCUCCAGCAGCCGGUUAUUCAGCCACAUACCCCGAGGAGAAGGGCCCCGAGAUGCGCGGGCUCCUGACGCCCCCGCCUGUUGGUCCGCCCGGGUAUGCGGCAGUGUACCAGCCUUCGUCGACGUACGUGAAUCCACAGGAACGCCCUAGGAACGCCCGCAGGCGGCGUUUCUGGCACUUCUUGGCCUGCACCGUUCUCUUCUUCGUCGCGCUCCACCUGCUCCUGCACCAGCGGCCCUUCAAGAAGGGCUUGGGUCCCCUCCCUUGGUCUGAAAUAAGUCCUGGGACCACGGAGCCCGAGGCUCAGUGGAGUCCCUCGAUCUGCGAGGACAAUGUCAACUGGAAGGACGACUCCGAUCGCGCGCCCACGCACGGCUACCACUACCGCGCGCACACGACCCUCACGCUUCCGGUCUCCGCCGAAGAGCUCUCGUUCAUCGCUGAGGGCGCGAACGCGUACGGCACCUUCGACGUCUCCCAGGACGCGCACACCGACUCCGAGAACGCUGUCGUCGACAUCGAGGUCGAGUACCGUGUCUCAGACGCGCUCGACGACGCGACGGUAUGCCGCACCCACGCCGGACAGGGCAAGUGGGGCCUCGGGAUUUUCACGCCGCGCUGGUCGCACCCGCACAACGAGCGCCAGCUUCGGUUUUUUGUUCAUGUUCAUCUCCCUUCUUCCGACAAGCUAAACAUCAAGCGCUUCUUCACGGACUUGCCGAUUUUCAGGCACCACCUCGCGGAGCUUGCAGAUACGGUUCACUUCGAAGAGGUGUCAUUGAGGAGCAGCAACAGCCCCAUCGAUGUUGAUUCUCUGGCAGCGGACCGCGUUCGUGCGACAACUAGCAACACUGCCAUCCGCGGCAAGUUCAACACCUCGACCACGCUCGAGCUCCAGACCUCUAAUGCCCCGAUCGUGGCCGAGGCGACUCUCGUGAAUGGCCGCGGCGAGCAACCCACUCGUCUCAUACUCAAGACUUCUAACGCCCACAUCGACUCAUCUGUCCAUCUCCAAUCCAGCACUUCCUCGGCCACCGGUGGGAAGUACGAUGUCUCCGCGCGCACGUCCAACGGCCCGAUCGAUGUCUCUAUCAUCGACGCACCCGUGGGCCACACGCUCACUCUGGACGCGCACACGUCCAAUGUCGGUGCACACGUCGCGCUUCCCAAGACCUUCGAGGGGUCGUUUGACCUCCAGUCCUCAAGGUGGUUCCGUCCGACCGUCGAGUGGGACCAGGACGUCGAGGACCCCGCGGGCAAGCGCCGCACGCGGCACGUUGAGCUGCACACCAUCAACGGUGUCUCGGUGCGCGGGAAUGCGUGGUGGGAGGAGGGACGGAAGACUGAGGGCACGGUGACGGUCGCCACUUCGAACGCGGCGGUGCGCCUUGAGCUUUAA